UGUGUUUUCAAAAGGAAGCUCUAUUCUGCUGCUGGCAAUGCAUCCCGAGAGGUGGCUCUGUUGGUGUUACCCUGCUUUCUGUGUGUGGACAUUCGUGUUCACAUCCUUGAUUAAAGAUAUCACAGCCUGCGAAUCAGAGGAACGAUUAUUUCACAAACUCUUCUCCCAGUAUAACCAGUUCAUCAGGCCAGUGGAAAAUGUGUCUGAUCCUGUGACAGUGUAUUUUGAAGUGGCCAUUACCCAGCUUACAAAUGUGGAUGAAGUCAACCAGAUUAUGGAAACAAAUUUGUGGCUUAGACACAUUUGGAAUGACUACAAACUGCGAUGGGAUCCCAGACAAUACGAUGGCAUUGAAUUUGUUCGUGUACCAGCAGAUAAAAUUUGGAAACCGGAUAUUGUCUUGUAUAAUAAUGCUGUGGGAGAUUUUCAAGUUGAAGGCAAGACCAAAGCUCUCCUUCGCUAUGAUGGAAUGAUCACCUGGACCCCACCAGCUAUUUUUAAAAGCUCCUGUCCUAUGGAUAUUACCUUCUUCCCAUUUGAUCAUCAGAACUGUUCACUCAAAUUUGGCUCAUGGACCUAUGACAAAGCCAAAAUUGAUCUUCUGAUCAUUGGAUCCAAAGUAGAUAUGAAUGACUUCUGGGAAAAUAGUGAAUGGGAAAUAGUUGAUGCUUCUGGCUACAAACAUGACAUCAAAUAUAACUGCUGUGAGGAGAUCUACACAGAUAUAACAUAUUCCUUUUAUAUUCGAAGAUUGCCAAUGUUUUACACCAUAAAUCUGAUCAUUCCCUGUCUUUUCAUCUCAUUCCUGACUGUGUUAGUUUUUUACCUGCCAUCUGACUGUGGUGAGAAAGUGACCCUUUGCAUCUCUGUGCUCCUUUCUUUGACUGUGUUUUUACUGGUGAUCACAGAAACAAUCCCAUCUACCUCUUUAGUAAUUCCCCUAGUAGGUGAAUAUUUACUCUUCACUAUGAUAUUUGUGACUCUGUCAAUUGUCAUCACAGUGUUUGUCCUGAAUAUACAUUACAGAACUCCAACCACACACACAAUGCCCAAAUGGGUAAAAACUGUCUUUCUUAGCCUGCUCCCCAAAGUCCUGUUGAUGCAGAGGCCACUAGAACAGCAGAAAAAAAAUACUUCCAAAAAACCCAAGAAAGUAUCUGACAGUAAGUCAGGCAAGUCAAAGAACAGCAAACACAGAGAUACCAAAUUACACAAGGAGCAGAUAUGCAGUCACUGUGAAAAGGCAACUGAACUCACUACUCCCAAAAGACGACUGAGCUAUCAGCCACUGAAAUGGAUGGCAGAAGACAUGGAGUACUCUGCAGAGGUGAAGGAUGUCAUCAGCAAUGUCCAGUUCAUCGCAGAGAACAUGAGGUCUCAAAAUGAAACCAAAGAGGUGGAAGACGAUUGGAAAUAUGUAGCUAUGGUGAUAGACAGAGUAUUUCUCUGGGUGUUUAUAAUCAUUUGUGUGUUUGGGACUGCGGGGCUCUUCAUCCAGCCGCUAAUAGCAGACACAUUAAGUUGAUCCACUGCUUUUUGCCCACUUUUGUUCUUGUUUCAUUUUUGGUUCAGAACUUUACAUAACUCCUCUUACAUAACCCCUC